CUGCAAUCAUAGCAGUCCAUAUAAGUACAACUUUACUGUAUUUGUUACUGUAUGGUGGUUUGUGCUUAAAUAAUAGAACGAGAGGAGAAGGUUUCUGGCAGUGCGAGACAAGUUGCUGCACCAGGUGAAGUUAACGUUUUUUGGCAGUAUUGGUCUCUCUCCACUAUGAGGUGUUUGACGUGCUGCUGACCACCACCAGACCAUUGAAGGAGGAGCCAUUAGAAGCAGGGUAAACUUAAGUGUUUGGGAUUUUGUGGCUGCAGUGCCGCUGCAAUGCGGUCCAUCCACUCCUCCUGGCUUGAGAGUUGGCAAGCUCCUCCGAUCCCCAAAAUGAUGAUUGCAAGUCGACCUCAAGUCAAGGUGACCAUGGCCAUACCGGCUGCUCUGAUCCCACCAACCCCUCUGGUCCCACCGCCAACGAUCUCGACUCCCUCCGCGACGACGUCCCCGCCGUCGACAACUUCAUCACCAUCUCCAUCCCUGGCUCCCCCAUCCGGACCCGGACAGAACCUGUUCAGAUCAGAGCUCCUUACCACCGGCAGCCCGGGCAUCCCGAACGCGGGUCUACCUCCCGGCAAACCCGUGUACUCAACCCCGUCGCCUGUUGAAAACAUACCGCAAAACAACGAGUGCAAGAUGGUCGAGUUGCGCGGUGCAAAAGUGGCCUCUUUCACCGUGGACGGCAGCGAGCUCAUCUGCCUUCCUCAGGCUUUCGACCUGUUCCUGAAGCACCUGGUCGGCGGACUGCACACGGUCUACACCAAGCUGAAGCGGCUGGAGAUCACGCCGGUGGUGUGCAAUGUGGAGCAGGUCCGCAUCCUCAGAGGGCUCGGCGCCAUCCAACCUGGGGUGAACCGCUGUAAACUCAUCUCCAGAAAAGACUUCGAGACUCUGUACAACGACUGCACUAAUGCGAGCUCCAGACCCGGCCGACCUCCGAAGAGGACCCAGAGUGUGACAUCGUCGGAGAACCCCCACAUCAUGCCCCACUCAGUCCCUGGCCUCAUGUCCCCUGGCAUGAUCCCACCCACAGGCCUGACAGCAGCGGCGGCAGCUGCUGCCAACGCAGCCAUCGCAGAGGCCAUGAAGGUCAAGAAGAUCAAGCUGGAGGCGAUGAGCGGCUACCACGGCAACGCCAACCACCAUGGGGCUGACGGGGAGAAUGGAGACCUCAGCUCUAGCGUCGGCCUGGAACUCCCCUUCAUGAUGAUGCCACACCCCCUGAUCCCAGUCAGCCUGCCCCCAGCCUCUGUCACCAUGGCGAUGAGCCAGAUGAACCACCUCAGCACCAUUGCAAACAUGGCCGCCGCAGCACAGGGCCAGAGUCUGCCUUCCAGAAUGGUCACCUCUGUUAUAAAGCUGGGGUUUCAGGAACGGGUGCCGGACAGUCCCUCACCUGCUCCUUCCUUAGAAGACCACAGGAGGCCAGGCAGUCACCCGUCAUCUCACCGCAGCAGCAGCGUGUCCAGCUCACCAGCCCGUACAGAAAGCUCCUCAGACAGGAUACGUACGUUUAUCACACAGAUAAAUGCGAUACACAACAAUGGCCUGUCCAUGAACCACGCCUUGCUAGGCCUGUCCCCCAACAUCCCACCUGGGCCUAAAGAGGGAGACCUGGCCCACGACAUGAGCCAUGAAUUAAAGAGGAUGCACACUGACAAAGAGGACAACUCCAUGUGUACCCCAACAGCAAGAGAUAGCUACGAGAGGUUGUCAUUUGCUGGACAGGCCCUGCCUCCUGGCUUCCCCUCACCAUUUCUCUUUCCAGAUGGCUUGUCGUCAAUAGAAACUCUUCUCACCAACAUACAGGGGCUGCUUAAAGUGGCUAUUGACAACGCGCGGGCUCAGGAGAAGCAGGUGCAGCUGGAGAAGACAGAGCUGAAGAUGGAGCUGUUCAGAGAGAGAGAGCUCAGGGAGACUUUGGAGAAGCAGCUCGCCAUGGAGCAGAAGAACAGAGCAAUCAUUCAGAAGCGUCUGAAGAAGGAGAAGAAGGCCAAGAGGAAACUCCAAGAAGCUCUGGAGUAUGAAUCCAAGAGGAGAGAGCAGGCUGAGCAGACCCUGAAGCAGCCCUCGCCCUCUGACAGCAUGCGUUCACUCAACGGUCAGAUGCUCCACAAAUCUCUGACCCCUGAGAUGGAGAGUGACCGCAGCAGUGGAAGAACAGAUGCUGAAAGGACAAUACAAGAUGGAAGACUGUUCCUGAAAACCACAGUGAUGUACUGAUAAGGCCGUGAGGAGCUGGAGGAAAUCAAAAUUUCCGAAAAAAGAAGAAGGAAAAAAAAAAACGAAAGAAAAGAAAACUUAUGAACAUUCUCAAGAGCCCUUAUCCAGGCUGAUUUAGUAAGAGGAAAGAAGUCGUGCUGCUUGUAGGCGUUGAAUGGCAAAAUGCUGUGUUCACCCAAAUGCUGGAGGAGGUUGUGUCUGAAUGUAGAAUAAGAAGUCUUUUUUCUAACAGAGGCCGACAUGAGAUAGUUUGAUAGAGCAGCUUUUGACGUAGUGGGUUGGCCGACGUGAAGGAUAAACAUAUAUAUUGAGCACAGUAAAAAAUGUACCCAUGGUACACUGUUGGUAAUAAAUUCACAGCACUGAAGAUUUUUAUACUGUAUCUCAGCCAGCGAGAAAGCUUCGAAAAAGAAAUUGGACUGAAGUUUGUUUUGUAUUUCAAAUUGAAUUUUGAGAAGCUAAAAAUGACACGUGGAGAUGAACCUUGUGGGGGGGAAAAAAUGUGAAUCUAUCCAUGUGUUCAUCAAAAGAGAAGACUGAUGUUUGAUUUUCAUGUUUUCUAAAUUAGAUGACAAUACAAUCAAGUUUCCUUUUUACCAUUGUUGUAUAUACAAGAUCUGAUGAUGAUGAUGAUGACAGUAAAACUCGCUCUAUCGAACCCGAGUGGAUUGAUGAGGUAUGUGUAUAUAACGUUAAGAGGUAUUGUGUAUGCAGUAGAGCUAUUAGGCAAACAAUACCACCAUUUAUAUAAACCUACAGUUUUGUUUUGUUCUAUUUCUGAGCCAUCAUUCUUUCCUAUAGCUGCCAUUUUGGUGAGAAAGCAUGCAGGCAUGUAAAUGUUUGUCCUGGAAUUAUGAUAUUUAAUAAAUCCUAUAUUGUGCUGAACAAAUACAAGGGUUGACUCACUCAAGCCCAGAUGAUUUUGAAAACAUAAUUAUCAAACAUUUCACUUUCAAAAUGAAGACUUUUGCUGUCGAUAGUACUGUAAUCUUUGUAACAAAGGUAAUAUUUCUUGGAAUUUACUGUACAUUUUUUGUCAUGAAGCACUCAAAAUCAGCAACUCUCAAUGCUUUUUUAAAAAGAAAAUAUCCAGACUGAUUAUGAUCACGUGUCAGUUUGAGAAACAGUCAUCACACAACUUUUUUUGAGACUGAAUGCCAUUUAAUUACAUUGCUCAAAUCCCUGUUGGACAUACACAAACACAGUUCUCUUUUUCUUUUUUAGAGUGUUUCAAAAUUUCCUGUUACUUUCCCUAAAUGCGUUUUGAAUUUUGGUGCUGUAACACCUGUGUAUAUUCUCUAGACAUAAGCUGAUGUCAGUCCUUUAACUGAAGAACAGUUUAGACCUUAUGUGUUACGAUCUGGAGAGGAGUGUCCCAUGUUCACAAUGUGUUUGUUCUUUUUGUUCUCAAUGGAGUGUCUAAGUCUGUUGUCACUGAUAACUUAUAUAGCUUCUCGAAUCAUCUCUUCAUUGUACUUCAAAUUCAAAUAAAGUCAACAUGUUGAUGAUAAA